CCGUCUUGGACAUUACUCGUUCUUUGCGAAGCAGAUUUCGCUAAGCGUUGGACUGUUCACCCAGUGUUUCAGAUUCUCUUGUUACAAUCCAAACGGUUCUUUCCAUUUAGAAAAGCUAAACUAGCUUGCAUAUUUCAACAAAAGACAAUGAAGAUCAUUCUUGGUGUGUUCUCUGUAAUUUUGCUUGGACUGGCAGCAACCCACCCAAUUAAAUUUUUUAGAAGAACUGAAAGUCCUAAGUACCAGGUUAUAAAGAAACACCAUGAGUUUGAAGACCGCUUAUAUGACAAUAGCACCUGGCUGACUAUGGCAGUAGCUGGACCUCAGCUGGAGGCUGCCCAGAAAGAGAUCUACCCUCAUCUUUACAAAUACUUCCAAGGACAGAACUCAGAAGGACUUAAAAUUAACUGGUUAACAACUGUGAGGACAGGAAUUCAGUCCUGCUAUGGAGCAAGUUGCGCUACAGUGUUUUCGAUGGCGUUCCUCAUUCCUGAGGAACAUGCCAAGAGAGCUCCCCAGCCUGUUGACCCGAAGGUAGAAAUAGUGAAUGAACCAGCUGCCCGUUACGCCGCCAGAGCUUUCUACGGAUCUUAUACCGAGGAAACUGAUUGGCUACGACAAGCCAGCAAGCUUGCGGAAAAAGUUCAAGGUGACUACACCAUUGAUCCUACGACCUACUACUUAAUAUCUCAUUCACGCCCUCAUGAUUUAAUAAGGAAUUACAGUGAGAUAUUAGUGAAAAUAGAAAAAAAAGUUCACGGAGCAGAAGGAUCCAUUAAUCCACAGACAAUUCACAAUGCAACGGCUGUUGAUAACUUAAAUGAACUUUUUAAGAAGCGUGAAUGAAACGGAACAUGUUUUAACAAUGUCACUUUUUGAAACUUUUGCUGUAGUAUUUUUUGAAGUGGGUCAUUUAUUGUUGGUUAUUAGUUGUGUUGCUCUCUCGUGAAGAUCAUUUUUUAACGAUGUGGUUCUCUUUUUGGAGUUGGUCUUGGUGUCUAUAUUUGUACUUUUUCUCAACAACUGCAUUUUUGAAUUUUUUGUAUGUAAUGUUUUAUUCACACAUGU